AUGGCGGCAGCAAGUCAGGCCGAUACUGUUGUUCUUUUAGAAGUAGCCAGCAACAAUCAAUCCAAUUCUGGACCUCGAAUUCGAUCGGUUCCAAGAAAAUUGUGUAAUAUCGACAAAAACAGAGGAUGCUAUGAACGAAUGCUGGUCUCAAUUGAUCCUUUCUACCAUGGCAGACCUGAUUUACAACUUCUAGAGCCGCUCAAGAUUGAACAGGAGCAGCAAUUCAUUUCCCAUAUGGGCAGUGAAUUCCCAGCCUUCGAUAGAAACUUCGAUGAGGUAGCUAUUAGAGCGAGAGAGUGCUACGAUUUGAGUGAUCCCUACUGUGACUUCCCAAACGAUGUUUUCAUGAGAAUCAUGUUCAGAGACGGUUGUUUCCUUCUCCAUUUCAUUUAUUGCAUUUCAGAAGACAAGCCCGACGAUACCAAGAAGAAAACUGAUCAAAGGGCUUUAGUGUUAAGGGACUUGUUCUUACUGGAGAACCAAUUGCCAUUCAUAGUUCUCAAGGAACUGAUGAUGAACUUGAGAUAUGGUGAAGUCUAUUCCAAAGAAUUGAUCACCAAAUUCAUCCGAAUGCAAAAAGUGUUCACCGGCUAUAAUCCUCUAUGGCUUGUAGACAGUCAACCCCUUCAUCUCCUCGACCUACUUUGGAAAGAACUAGUCCGUGCUGCACCUUACAAGAGGCCACUUUUCUCCCACACUUGGCCUAUGUCUAGAGCAAGAGAUUGCAUGGAAGACUGGUAUUCAUUUCGUACAGUCUCUGAACUUAAAGAAUCGGGUAUCGAGUGCAAGGGAAGCACUACUUGUAGCCUAAAGGAUAUGAGUUUCAAAAGGGGCAUCACCAGCGGAUACCAGCAACUUCCUCCUAUUGUCAUUGACAACUCAACCAAAUCCAAGUUUUUAAACUUGGUAGCUUAUGAAUCAUUACCUGAUGCGCCCGAUGACCUAGUCGUUACCUCUUACAUCUGUUUCUUGGAUUCACUCAUCCAUAGCACCGAGGAUGUGAAAGAGUUGAAAUCUAAAGGAAUACUUCGCAAUGCACUUGGAAGCGACCAGCAAAUACUUGAUCUCUUUAACAACUUGGCUCUCGAGUUGGUACCGGACCCUGAGCUUUAUGGAGAUGUUAAGAAGGCCAUUGAAAGGCACUUCAACAGCGAGGUAAGGUUGUGGCUGGCUGAUGUACGUGACACGUAUUUCACUGCUGCUUCAUUGGCUCUCCUGCUUACCAUUGUUCAAACUUAUUUUACUGUCUUCCCUCGCAACAACAAUGACUGCUGCAAGAAACCCUAA